GAGGGAGCAGCUGUUCACUCCUUUACUCUCUUUUAGUUCUUAGACUUGUCUUCUUUCUGACGUCUCCUGAUCGGACCCCCUCCCCCUCCAGGAGUCAGUACCCCCUUCCUUAUUCCCCUACAACAGAGGCCACACAACACUCUUCAAGAGCCAGGGACAGGAGACUGCUGGUUCAUGUGGGCCAUAUAGAUAACCUUGUGUUCACGCCCGUGGGUUCUGCACAGCACAGCUAAAAUGCAAGUCAAUAGAUAAUAUCUAAAAAGUCAUGUGAUCAGGGAGCUGUCAAAAGAGGCCUAGAUAAAAGCCUCCCUACCUAUACGGAAAGUUUCAAGCUGUGUAAACGGAACCAGCGGAACAAAUUACACUCCCAAUAGGAGAUUUUGAGAUACGGGGGUCUUCAGGGCCCUGGCUCAGAUUUCACCAUAGCUUCCAACAGUUGGAAUUCCAAUGGCAGCCCUGAGGAAGGGCCCGGUGAUGGACCCGAAGGGGCAGAGAAGGGGCUGGACAAUGACGCUGAGGGCGUCUGGAGUCCUGAUAUCGAGCAGAGCUUUCAUGAAGCGCUCGCCAUCUAUCCUCCUUGUGGAAGGCGCAAAAUCAUUCUCUCUGAUGAAGGGAAGAUGUAUGGACGCAAUGAGCUGAUUGCAAGAUAUAUCAAACUGCGCACUGGGAAGACCAGGACCAGAAAACAGGUCUCGAGUCACAUCCAGGUCUUGGCUAGGAAGAAGGUUCGAGAGUACCAGGUUGGCAUUAAGGUCUCUAGCCACCUGCAGGUUCUUGCUAGACGUAGGUCUCGUGAAAUUCAGUCCAAGCUGAAGGCAAUGAACCUGGAUCAGCUCUCUAAGGAUAAAGCUCUGCAGAGUAUGUCUUCAAUGUCCUCCGCACAGAUUGUCUCCGCUAGUGUCCUACAGAACAAGCUCAGCAAUGCGCCCCCACCCCCUAUUCCUCAAUCGGUAUUCCCCCCUUCAUCACGGUACUGGGGGCAAGCCGGGCCAUCUCAGGAUAUCAAACCAUUUGCACAGUCGGCAUACCCGAUGCAGUCGCCAAUCCAGUCUGCGCUGGCAAAUUAUGAGCCGCUUUCCCCGCUCCCCCCUUCUGCCUCUGCAGUUCCUGUCUGGCAGGACCGUACCAUAGCUUCCCCUCGUCUGCGGCUCCUUGAAUACUCUGCAUUUAUGGAGGUGCAGAGGGAUCCUGACACAUACAGUAAACACCUCUUCGUGCACAUUGGGCAGACUCAUCCGUCUCCGUCAGACCCUCUUCUUGAAGCAGUCGAUAUCCGACAGAUCUAUGAUAAGUUUCCGGAGAGGAAAGGAGGGCUCAAAGAACUAUAUGAGAGAGGUCCACAGUGCGCAUUUUUCUUAGUGAAAUUCUGGGCGGAUCUAAACAGCCCCAUACAAGAUGGACCUGGAACCUUCUAUGGGGUGAGCUCCCAGUACAGUAGUUCGGACAGUCUGACCAUUUCAGUGUCCACCAAGGUCUGCUCAUUUGGAAAGCAAGUAGUGGAGAAAGUGGAGACAGAAUAUGCUCGUCUUGAGAAUGGACGUUUUGUGUAUCGAAUUCACAGGUCUCCAAUGUGUGAAUAUAUGAUCAACUUCAUCCACAAAUUGAAACACCUCCCGGAGAAAUAUAUGAUGAACAGCGUGUUGGAAAAUUUCACCAUAUUGCAGGUUGUCACCAACAGAGACACUCAGGAUACAUUGCUAUGCAUUGCCUUUGUUUUUGAGGUGUCCACGAGUGAGCACGGAGCCCAGCACCACGUCUACAAACUAGUGAAGGACUGAGAAUGUCAUUUUUACGGGGAUACGGGAUUGAUUACAAACCCAGAAGGCAUUCUUACCGCACUGUGCAAUGGACAUGUGUCGGGGCAAAUGUGGAGCAAGGGCAGGGACUGGCAAUAAGAGUGACAAAAAUACUGUCGUACACAAACAGUUCUGUGCUGCUGGCAUUAUGCCAGUUCGGAGGGAGAGGCUGGGGGGUGGUAUAGACAAUUGUGGCUUGCAGGGAGGCAAACACGAUACUUGAGUGGCACUUAUAGUUUUACUACAAAAACAUAAGGUUAAAGCUAAAGUAACAUAUACAAAGAGAGAAGCAUACGCAAGUGGUACGUCUAGGAGAGACAGCAAAUUGGAGAUUUUUAGACAUUCAGAAUGUGACAGUGGAAAAAAAAAGCACUUUAAAACUGCCAGAAAGGGGCACAAAGAGGGUAAGAGGUACAGACAGGAAGUGAUGUGGCAAAAGGACAGGAAACGUAGGCACGAAAGCAUCUGAUGGAUCAAAGAUAGUUCUCAACCAUGGAUUACACUGGUUGAUUGGCUAUUAUUGUAUAUGGUCGGGGAUAACGAGGGCAAUAAUAGGAGGUAAAAGUAAGUUAUUGGGAACAGUUCUAAGCAACAACAACUAAGUGAGCUACCAACACACCCUGAAGAUAUUUUUGCUUUUCCUAAAACUCUCCCUGCCCUGUUCAACUGGGGGUUCACUUGAAAUGUUUAUAUUUUUGUUUUUUUGUGUUUUAAAAUUUUACCAUGUACUUUUAUUUUUCUUUUGGAAGUGGUGGUGAAGGUGGUGAAAGAAAUCCUCCCUUCUCUUUCUCUCCCUUCUCACAAUUCUUCUUUUAUAUCCUGUCUACCAUAUAAUGUAUGAUAUGUGUGUUCCUUGUAACCCACCCUGGAUCAUACAUGUGUAUGUGUUUACGUGUCAAAUUUCCAGUGGGGAGAGGGGACGCUGGAGACAUUAAACUUAUUUUACGCCGA